CAGGCUCAGCUGCUGCUGCUGCUGCUUGUCCCAAGACCAAGUCGUAAUAGCAACUUCCCUUCCUCAGCUGCCUAAACUUUUUUUUUCCCUUGUAGCUGGAGAGAAGUGUCACAUUUUGCUCACUCUCAACCUUCCUCGCCCACCCCCUUCCCAGAGAACGUGUGCGGUGUGUAGGGGGUGCUGUGAGCCACCUCCAGCCUCGGGUGGCUGCUGAAGUAACUUUCAACUCCUCUCUUCUUAACACUAUGAAGUGUCUCGGGAAGCGCAGGGGCCAGGCAGCUGCUUUCCUGCCUCUUUGCUGGCUCUUUUUGAAGAUUCUGCAACCGGGGCACAGCCACCUUUAUAACAACCGCUAUGCUGGUGAUAAAGUGAUAAGAUUUAUUCCCAAAACAGAAGAGGAAGCAUAUGCACUGAAGAAAAUAUCCCAUCAACUUAAGGUGGACCUGUGGCAGCCCAGCAGUAUCUCCUAUGUAUCAGAGGGAACAGUUACUGAUGUCCAUAUCCCCCAAAAUGGUUCCCGAGCCCUGUUAGCCUUCUUACAGGAAGCCAACAUCCAGUACAAGGUCCUCACAGAAGAUCUUCAGAAAACACUGGAGAAGGGAAGCAGCUUGCACACCCAGAGAAACCGAAGAUCCCUCUCUGGAUAUAAUUAUGAAGUUUAUCACUCCUUAGAAGAAAUUGAAAAUUGGAUGCAUCAUCUGAAUAAAACUCACUCAGGCCUCAUUCACAUGUUCUCUAUUGGAAGAUCAUAUGAGGGAAGAUCUCUUUUUAUUUUAAAGCUGGGCAGACGAUCACGACUCAAAAGAGCUGUUUGGAUAGACUGUGGUAUUCAUGCAAGAGAAUGGAUUGGUCCUGCCUUUUGUCAGUGGUUUGUAAAAGAAGCUCUUCUGACAUAUGAGAGUGACCCAGCCAUGAGAAAAGUGUUGAAUCAUCUAUAUUUCUAUAUCAUGCCUGUGUUUAACGUCGAUGGAUACCGUUUUAGUUGGACCAAUGAUCGAUUUUGGAGAAAAACAAGGUCAAGGAACUCAAGGUUUCGCUGCCGUGGAGUGGACGCCAAUAGAAACUGGAAAGUGAAGUGGUGUGUUCUGGAGGCCAAAGUCCAAAGUGGGUUUUGCCAGGCCGAAGGCGUGGCAAGGCCACACUCCCUCAGGCAGCUCUUGGGAGAAUCUGUUUCCUUCCCUUUUCCAGCUCCUAGAGGCCGCUAUAUUCCUUGCCCUGAGAGCUCUCCCUCCACAGUCAAAGCCUGUGGCAUGCCAUCUUGUCUCUCUGAAUCUGUCCCCUCUUCUGCUGUCUCAUAGCCUUCUCUUCUGCCAUCUCAUAGCCUUCUCUUCUGCCGGUAUUCAAAUCUCCCUCUUACAAGGGCACUUGUAAUUACAUAUAGGACCUAUUCAGAUAAUCCAGAAUAAUCUCAUCUCAAGAUCCCUAAAGUAUCACAUCUACAGAGGCCCUUUUCCAUAUAAGAUAACAUUCACAGUCUCCAUGGAUUAGGACCUGGUGAUUUUGGGGGGCCAUUAUUUCACCUAUCACAUGGGAUAUAGAGCAAAGUCCCUUCAUCUAGCCCCUUUAUCUUGAAGGCUGUGGUGAGCCAUUAUAAAGUUUAAGCAGAGGAAUUACAUGGUCAGAUUUGCAUUUUAGCAAAAUUAACUUGGGACUUCUGAAGAUAUAGACUGAAGAAGAGCCUGGGGUCACGGGACCCCUACAAUAAUUCAGAAAAGGUUUGACUGCUUAUAGGAGUUAGGUUGAGUGUAUUGAAGGGAAAUUGAGACAAUGUACCAACUGCUCUUUGCAAAUUGUUGGAUGCAGUAGAUGAUUUCUGGUUUGGGCAAUCGGGUGCCAUACACCACAAUUUGUAACAAAAGAGAAGCCAAUCUGAGAGGGAUUGGGAGACCUUGAGCAGGGAAGAAAGUUUUAUCCAAGGAAAACUGCAUUAUGAGAAGUAAACAUUUGCUAACUACAUUUUAGAAUGCAAUCCAUCUUCAGAGACUGCCUCUAAGAACAAAACCAGAAAGCAAUUAAGUUACACAACUGUUAUUACUAAAUUUUGUCCUCAGAUCUUUAGGAUAGAAUCUAAGUAUGCCGAGGAAAAGUAAUAUGUAAUUACAUUAAAAUUUUUGUUUCACCUGGACUGGAACCAUAAACUAUCAAUGCUGUAAAGAAUCUUAGGGCUGAGCACAGUCAUAGUGGCUCAUGCUUAUAAUCCUAGCACUUUGGGAAGCUGAGGCAAGAGGAUCACCUGAGGCCAGGAGGUCAAGAGCAACUCAGAUAAUAUGGCAAGACCCCAUCUUUACAAAAAAUUCCGAAACUAGCUGAGCAUUCUAGUGCAUGCCUAUAGCCCCAGCUGCUCAAGAGACUGAGGUGGGAAGAUCACCUAAGCCCAGGAGUUGGUGUCUGCAGAUUACACCACUGCACUCCAGCCCGGGCAACAAAAUGAGACCCUAUCUUUU